AUGUAUUGCAAGACACGCUGGACCACUGCUAGUGAGUCAGUAGAAUCAGUAAUAAGGCUAGAAUCAGUUCUUGAGGAAAUUACUUCUCAACAUAAUCAUUUAUUAAAUGAUAAAGUAAAACAUAUAAUUCAAGGGAGAAAUUUUUUUUCUGAUUUACGAAUCCUUGCAUUUGUUUUGGACCCUUUAAGGAAAGCAGUAUUAGCUUUAGAGUCAAGAUCAGCCACACUUUCUGACU